ACCGGCAAAGGACACCAAUGAUGUGCUCCUCUUCAAGGCCUCCAUGUUGAAGGUGUGGAGAAUUCAGCGCAUCCACAUCCUGAGAGCCUGCCUGAGCGACCCUGAGGUCGGGGAGGGAAUCCUCUACAGGUACGGUGGCACUUUGCAGCUCAAUUACAACAAGGGCGAGGCAGCAGCUGUACCUGUUUGGAUCCCUGUGAGGGGCACCUCUCAGCAGGAGGGCUUUCACUUUCACCAAGCCCAGUGGGUGACGGGCAACCGGGUGUCCAGUGAACUUUUCGAGGCCCAGGCCAUGACUGGAGUGGUGCGUUGGAACUUCCAGAGGCUGGUGGACCUGAAGCAGCCUGGUGUGGAGCUGCCAGCUGCGUUUUACCCUAUAUUGAUUGCCGAUCUGAACACGUCUUCUUUAAAUGUGACAGGGAAUGCAAAAUACCCAAGUCUGCAAGUAUCAAACAGGGACACAGGGGAGAGAUUUGGACUGCAGUAUGUGGAGCCAGGCUGUCGUCCUGUUGUUUUGAACUGGGACAAGAACAAGGCACAGCCAAACUUCUCAGCUGCUGCAGCCAUUGAUACACAGCAGCAGUUCUCUGCCCAGGAUGAUGUGCAUCACUGCCCUGCUUCUGUGGUGGACACAGACCUUCAGGAGACCAGUGGCACCGUCCAGGAUGACCAGGUUGGAGCUUUGCCGAUCCUGUCUUUGCAGCAGUGCCCUGAAGCAGUUUCCCAGUCCCAGCCAACCUUCAUGCCAUCACCUGCCACAGCUAAAGCAGAGCCUCCGUCUUUGGUGGAUACAGACUUGCCAGGGGUUGCACCACUGCCUUUAUCCUCCUCUCCACGAGCCACCCGCACUGGACCCAUUAAGACAGGAGGCCUUAUUCAAGUCCUGGACCACAGCCGGUGGACACAACCCAUGAGAGCUGCUAUCGACGAGCUUCUCAUUAAACACCAUGGAGCUAAAGGUCUCUUUAAGCAGGUGGAUGCUGACUAUGCUGCCAUGGUACAGAGGGCGUGCACUGACCCCAACAGCCUUCUUCAUCCUACCACAUGCCAGCAUAUCUCCAGAUAUGUAAAACACCUGGCCAAGCUGAAGAACACCAGCUCCUCCCUCAAUACCAGCCCGGAGAAGACCAAAACAGUAAAGUACUUUUACUGCUCCACAAAGGUCUUUAAGACCUAUGCAGAUGAGGGCCUCAAGAACCCCAGGAUGUCUUUUGAAGACUUUGCUGCCUCUCCGUUUUUUAAGCGGGAGCUGGAGGCUGCCAAGCAGAGGGGAGCUGAGUGGAAAAAGGUGGCAGAGGAGAGGGCAAAGAGGAAGACAGCAGUGCAGCUGCCAACAGGUCGCCUCUGCAGGUUCUGUCACCAGCCACUUAAGCAGGGACCUGACAGCCCUCAUGUUCACACCAGCUUCCCCAAGGUGCCAGGGAAGUACAUCUACUGCCCCUCCAUAGUGUUCUCCCUGUACAAGGCACAGGGCAUGGUCAAGAAGAUGACCUGGGUGGAGUUUCUAAAGUCUGACUUUUACGAGGCUGAAAGGGACAGAUAG